GGUAUUGUUUUGUUGUCGUUUUUGUUGUCGUUUUUGUUGUCGCGGUUGGUUUUUGCUGUCGCUGUCGCUAUUGUUAUCUUCUCACUACACUCUUCAUUCGUCUCUCGUUAAAAGUUUUUGCACAAGCGCACAAAAAUAAAAUAUAACAAUUUGCAUACAUUGUUGCCUACACUCAACACCAUUCACCAAUCACAAGAAAGAAGUUUAAUUCGAGUCUGAUAUCAUACAAACGCACAGAUAUGAGGUCUCUCCUCAUACCCUGCCUCUUCUUGGCCCCAAUCCUCGCAGCACCAGCACCUUACAUCAUCACAAGUUACGUCGAACUAUCCGUAUACACCCACCUAGAAGCCGAAACCCUUCUUGGCACCACCUACACCGAAGAAGUUGAAACCAUCACUCGCGAAGUCAUUCCAGAUGCGACUCCCGUCACAGAUGCUGUCAAAACACUGACUGACACAUCCGCCUACGCACACAUCACCAUUGUUGAAGUAGUUCUUCCACCCGGUAGCGGUUCUCGGCCCACUUCCAGCUACGAUUACUAUGCGACGACCACUGCUGUUCAAACCAGCUACGUAGUUCCAAUAACCUACACCCCAAAACCCAGCUGUACGGGCACGGCUCAGAACUGGACAUAUGUAACCAACGUCCCGAUCUACAUCCCCACGAUCCUCGCAAGUUUUAUUACGCCUUCGGCUCUCACCACCUCCAUUUCAAGAUACACUUACUAUGAUGAUCGUGUGAAUGCCGCAACAUACGUCAACGCCAUUCUCAAUCCCACCGACGUGGCAGCCGAUUCGUUGGCCAGCGCUUAUUCAAACUAUGAACCCUAUUCCAUGAGUUAUUGCUACACUCCCACAACAACAUGCAUCACUCUCAUCUCGACCGCAACCUGUACUCCCACAUGGAGAUACCCCGGCUACGAGUCCCCCUCAAACAGUCGCGGCAGCUCUUCAUCCGACGAUUUAUACUCCUGCGACCAGUAUUAUUGCGGAGACCGCGCGAUUCUGCUGUUAAUCAUCUGUAUUCCUGUCGGUUGGGUUGUGCUUUGGUUACUCCUUGGACUUUUGGAAUCCUGGCUUUCGUUUAAGGGGAUCAUGUUGGGGUUGAAUCGGAAACGAGGAGUUCCGUAUGCGUGGUGUUGUAUCUUGAUGCUUUUCCUGUGUUUUACGGGACCCACGUAUAGAGCCAAGAGUGCGGAGGAACAAGAACGGUUGAAGACGCAGUGGAAGGAGAUGGGUGCGGGCAAGAAGUUGGUGUUGUGGUUAAAGUGGGGGUUUAGGUGGAAGUACCCGGAUAUGUUGGGAGAGGAACCGGAGAAAAGUAAAAGAGCUUUUAGAGAAGGGUGUUUGUAGAUUCUCUGUUUGUGUUGGAUUUGGUUUCGUACAGUAUAUUUGUUUUAUGUAUCGAAUCCAAUCUGCACAACGAGUUUACUCUCAACUCAGUAAUUCGAAGUUAUCGUUGCAACUGGGUGGGAAAUGAGAAUUGCAUGGAUAGACGGUAAUGUUAUGAUGAUGAAGUCGGUAUAUACCAAGAUAGUUUAGAUAUAGAUAGACUUAGUGUCUAAUUUUUAAUUCAAUACGUGAUCAACACAACAAUCACUAUCA